UCGGCGAUAUGACAAUUUGUACGACAUAACCUAGAAAAUGUUUCAAGUAAAUAAAAGUGAAAAUGAUUUGGUGAAUGUGGACAGAUCUGUGAAGAGUUUUUGGUGGCAAAUUUAAAGGAAGCUCCGAUCAUGUUGUCAAUUGUGAGGAUGGAUUUCGAUUCAGAUGUCGAAGUAUUGGAAGAAGAUAUCAAAACAGAGGUGAUUGAUAUCGACGAAAACUCAAAUGAAGACAAGAAAGAUCUAAAUAUACUAAAUAAUGUAGUACAUGAUCUAGAACUAAUACCCAUCGUUUACACGACAAAAUUGGACGAUAUGUUUGUGGGAAGAACUUUAUAUCCCAUUGGAUUAGACCCGAAAGAAGCUACCGCCAGGAUAAUAAAUGAGAGUAAACCUGUACUACGCACUAUUCCCGGACCUCCGAAAAGAGGAAGAAAGAAUAAACGGAGAUUUAGCGAAUUAGAAGAAACACUUCAAAGAAUAUAUCAUCCAACCAAAAAAAUAGCAACAACAGUAACAGAACCUGAUGUAUGUGAUAUUAGAAUUGAUUGUGUGAAAAGUGAAGUUGCAGAUGAACCAAUUGUUGAAGUGAAAUCUAAAGUUUUAGAGGAACAGUCUACAACAACGGCUCCCAAGGACACGUGUAAAUAUAGUGAACUUUUAAAACAGUGCAAACCGUGUAGUGUUUUACUUCCAGUACUAAUAGGAUAUGGGCAAGUGUUACAUGGCGGACAGUUGCUUAAAGCAAAUAAAGUGCAAAAACGUGGCGCAGUUAGUUCAUCAGUUAGCUCUUCGGAUGAUGAUGUACCAUUAAUAACUUUCCCUCCAGAUCUACUAAUAGAACGCGGGAAAAAACCCGAAAUCUCUGAAAAAUCAAUACAACCAAAAGUAAUUGAAAUUAAUAGUUUACAACGAAAAAAAUCAAAAGGUACUUCAUUUGAAAUAGCUCAACGUGUUUUGCGUAAUAGCUUAUUGGAAAUAGAGGACAUGUUUUCUAAUGAACAUUUCUUUUACUUCACUGAUAACGACGGUAAUUUAAUACACUGUUUCGAAAACCUUGUAAACAAGACUCUGUAUGAGGCAACAAGUUUACACGAGGCUAGGUACAAAGUAAGUAAUUGCUGCUGGGUCAAGAAGGAUGAAUUUGUUAUGUCAUUGUAUCCUAAAGUUCUUAAAUAUCCUAACGUGCGUUUCAUAAGAACGAAACACCCAUGCAAGCCAGGUGCGUGUACUUGCUGCUGCCGCAAAAUAGAAGUCUAUAAAAAGCCUGAUGUAGAUUUUUCCAGCCAACAAUCAGUUCCUUCAUCUAGUAAAAAAUCUGCCGAUGAUGGUGUAAUUUGGGACUUGGAAGAAGAAAUUGAUGUAAGCAUCAUAAAUAUUAACAGAACACCGAAACUUAAUUCCAAUGAAUGGUUGAAAAAUAUUUUAACUGCAAAGCGAACUGAUGAUGUUAAUAAUAGUUUAAUAGGAAAGGCACUAAAUUAUAAAAAACCUCCGCCUGCAAAAUCGGCCGAUAAUAGACGUUUAGUGACAUUGAAAAAAGUAAAUUCGCAGAAUCCCGUCCUAGUUUUCCGCAACUAUGCUGAAGACUUCAUUGAAAUCUAUGAAGUAGAUUCUUUAGGAAACAUAGAAACUUAUUUAAGAACAACAUGCUAUAGUAACACAAGUCGGCCAGAUGUUGUAAAGUUAUUAAAGAAACGGACUGUAACAACCGAAGCAGUAUGUUGCUGGUACAAACGAGAAGAAGUAAUUUCCAAACUCCAUGCGUUGCACCCUGAUGCAAUAAAAUUUCUUAGAACCACUCACACAUGUCAGAGUAAAGAAUGUAAGUGUUGUUGCAAGCCCGCAAUAAAAACGGGAAUACAGCUUGACAAUAUACCUCUUCCAAGACGAAGUUUGCAUAGCCUUUCAACAAUGAGUGCAUGGAGACCUGGCAAUCUUUCAGAGAAAGACGAUGACGAUUGCCAAAUUACUUCAGUAAUGUCUAGCCCGACACUUAAACAUUUACCACAGACAACUGAAAUACCAGUUACUAUAGUGCCUACACUGAAAACGUUACCACAGAAUACUGCAGUGCCUCCAAGCAUGUUCGUUACUGACGUGGUAGACAGUGACGAAUUGUCAAAGGAAGUCAACUCGCUGAUUACCUCCAUUUUGGACAGGUUUAAAGACGUCCGGCUUACGAUUAAUGGCGAAGGUAAAGUGGCUGCCGCCUUAAAUACACCCGUUAAUACACUAUCGACAGUAGAGCUAAAAGUCCUCGCUAAUAUACUCUCCUUUGCUCAAAGCCAAGUCAAUUUGUUGGGAUCGAAAGUAAGCUUAGGAUCGUCUUUGUGUCUUAGUAAUAUUAUUAAUCUUAAAGUAGACGACGUGCAAUCGAACUCAACAAUCGACCCCAAUACUGUUUACAGAGAAUUUGGUAAAAAUGUAAACUUAAAUACAAGUAAUACAACACAAACACAACCAAUACAACCUACUGCUGUAAAUACGAACCCUCCAUCGGCAUUGCCGCAAGCUCCAACGACACCACAAACCUACACGUUCUUUACAGAUUCAAUGUCCUCGAAAAACCAACAAUUUAAUGAUGCGUUUUCCUCGUUCGUUAACUCAAAAAUAGAUGCAAACAGUGCAAACACUGAAACUGCGACACCGGUAAUUGAAAAUGUGUUUUCAUUAAAAGAGACUGAAACUGAAAGUGCUGAAGAAACUUCUGCAUGUACAACCGUCUGGUACAGAAAGCCAGCAUCUCAAUCUAGUCCUUCAACCUCAACUCCUCCUGAAAUGACUACCACAAACAAUACAAGUAAAAAACUGAGCGACGGCGGCAAACCAGAGACAGGACAACCUAAAAAAAUAAGGGUUAAGUCGCCUACGAAGUUAGGUGCAGUUACAACUAGCCCUCCAAGUAUUAUGACACCAAAUAUACCAAUACAACAAACUCCUCCGGUCGAAGGAGUUAUGCCAGGAGUUUACGUUUUGCCAAAUAAUAACUUCGUUGUUUCUCCUUUAGCUCAACCUCAAAUGGUCAAUAGCGUGCCCCCAGGGCAACCGCCAAUGCUUGUUAUAAAUCCUCUACUUAAUAAUGGUGGUACAAUAAUCCCAAUAAAUACUCCGAAUGGCGUCCAAUCAAAAAUACCAAUUAUCAUGAAUGCCGCUAAUACUACGUCACAAGUAAUAAAUACUGGUAAUAAUUAUAUAACAGUUGAAAAAGAUGUUCCAAAUCAAGAAGCUGGUGCAGAGGUAAUAGAAAACCAAGAUCUACUGGAUGACCCAGUAAUGGACAGUGCUCCAGAUAUGGACGGGGUUUCAGAAACGGUCUGCGUUCUAGAGGACGAGGGUCAAAAAACGGACAACGAUGAGGACAUUAACAAUGAUGAUGACAUAGAAUUGAAAUAUUCUCCAGAGAAUACAGAAGAGGAAGAUUGUAUACUUGGUUUCUAAAGCAUGAUGAUCACGGCUCAGAAAAACGCCCGCCAUUUUGAAAACGUAACCAUAAUUUAAGACCCGGUCAGUCUAAAAUGUUCAUUCACAGUCUAUGGACGUCAUUGGAGCUUAAUUUUAGUCGUUGACAUUGGUAAAAGGAAGUGUCUGUUGUAUGGACUAUGGAGCAGGGUGAUAUUUUCAAAAUGACGGGCGUUGUUUCCGAGCCUUAAUGAUGAUUGAAAUGUAUAACUAAAUGUAUAUUUGAAAUGUAGUUUUCGUAAUAUUAAUGGAUCUCAGCUUAUUCAAUACAAUUUUAGUGUGAAGAGAAUUGAAGUAAAAAUGUUAAGAUUGUUCUUUAAAACUCAGGUCAGGAGGUCGUGGAUUCGAAACGGUUAUAGAAACCUUUUGAUAUUUUUUCUAAUACAAAGAAAUUGUGGUAAGAAUUACAAAUAUAGGAAUUGUAAUGGUAUAAUAUUUCUUAGUAGGGUAAAGCGUUUAGACUGGAGCUCGUGACGCUAUCUAAACUAAAUUAAUUAAAAAUAUCGUGAUAUUCGUGAUGUUUAUAUCUAACGUCGUAGACGUAGAACGUAGACGUCUAGUAAUUUAAUGUAAAAUACCUUUCUUUUUCUAGUUUUAAUUUAUUUAUGUGCUGUAUAAUUAUUGUUUUUAUUAAAAGCAAACAAAUGUCAUUACUAGUUAGUAUCUAGUAAAUAAUAUAACAAACAUACUUUAUGUAUGCCGUCAUUGUAUGUCCAAUGUAACCGUUCCAGUGCUUGACACUGCCCCAUUAGCCGACACCUGACACCUUCAAACAGGGUAUCAGUUUUGUUACAAUUCAUUGUCAAACAUUGGGACAUUUACCUUAAACUUUGUAACAUUAUACGUGUGAUAAAUCUAUAUUACUUAUAAUACACGGUGUAACAUGAGUAAACCGAAUAAUUUUAACAGCGUAUUCCUGAUCAUAUUUAGAGACAAAAAUGUCCUAUAAACUUUUAUGAUAUUCGCCUAGUUUCAGAGAUAUUAUUAAUUAAAAAAAAAACAUGUUUUUAUUGUUACAUAGUGUAAAAGGCCUUUUUGAUGGUGAUGUUGCUGCUAUGGAACGUAGUCUAAAUAUCCUUAUUGAUAGAUGUCAAAAAGUGACAAGUAACACUUUGCAAAAAGUAGGUUCUACGAAAAAAAAUGUAAAAAUCAAUUUUUCUCAAACAUGCAAUGAAAUAUUGAUGUUAUGUUCCUUAUAAUAGGCUGCGAAGUAUGACGUUUCAGGUGCGGCUAGGACAAAAGGUCGUUAAUGGAAUUUCAUACAAGUCUUGCAGGCCUAGGCCGGCAAAGUCCUCUUUUUUAAUUUUCAUUUCAUAGAUAUUUGUGACACAGCAUCGUGGCAUUCAUCCAUUAAAAAAAAAACUAGAGGCAGUAUUUGCUUUAUGGUUCGUAAUGACACUGCCACACUACGCCAAUAAAAAAAAACAAAAAACAAUGUUUGCUAUAAUUUGCAGUUUCAUUUGUAUGAAAUCAACAUGAACUUAAUAAAUAAUACAUUAUUAACCAAAUUCUAUAAUUUUAAAUUAUAAAUUAAACAAAUAAAAACAUUUAAAAUAUUUCAGCUAAACGUUAGCGGUAAAAAGGUCUACUCAAACACGCGUAGUUAUUUUUUUUUAAAUUGUUAUGGAGGUAAAGAUGAAAAAUUUUAAUUCUGUUUUAUUGGAUUUAUGGUGCGUUGUUGAUUUUCGUACUUUAAUAUGAUAGUUCCGACGAAAUAAUGAAAUUAAUAUUAAUUGUAAUCGUAGGUGAUGGAAUUGGCAGCGUAAGCAGAAUUGAUUUUAAAUAACUUGCUGCCUCUGCCGCCAAGUCAAAGACGAAGUAUGUAAGUAUAUGGUUGCUUAUGGCAAUUUUAUUAUUUGAGAAACGAAGAAAAAUGGCUUACAGUUUAUUAUAAACUGUUUUGUGGCAUAUUUUAAAUGAAUGUAACUACAAAUUCGUCAACACUGUGGAAAUUAUACUUAUUUACUCCAUGCAUAAAGCAAAGAUGUAUGUGAAACAUGAUAUCAACAUGAAAGACUAUGUAAACUUAUGUGACGAAAACGACAGUCAGACGGAAACAAGGCGAAAAAAUCAAAGAUAUAUGAAAAUAUACGGGUAGUAAAAAUACACGACUCGUGUAAAACAUACGCGUGAUAAUGAUAUAUGUACGUGUUGGUUAUAUUUUGGGUGUAGUUUACUUUUAGUUUUUUCUAUAAAUAAAACUUGGGUUUCGUGGAUUUUUUAUUUUAUUUAUUUCAUUGCAUGUUUGAGAAAAGCACUAUACAUACCUCGGCGGGAAAUGGGGUUGCCCGCGCUCAGACCUAUCCGGCCUCGCUUCGCUCGGCCGUCUAUAUGUCUUCGGCCGGCAACCCCUUUUGUCCCGGCCUCUGUAGUAAUGUACUAUUAAGUGGCAAGUUUACCAAUAACAUUUAUUUUUUAUGUACAAAUACAGUCAAAAAAUUUAAAAAACAAAACAAAAAAAUUUUUUUUGGCGAAAUUGACCUAAACUCAUAUUACAUUUUUUACUUCUUUUGACCUCAGAAAUGCGUGGUUAAAAUUAUUCGGUUUCCUCAUGUUACACCGUGUAUAAGGUAUUAUUGUUACAAUGCUCUUAAAAUUAAAACGAUUGUUACUAGUGAAAAAUGUAAAUACCUAGGUAAUUAUUAUCCUCCACUGAACAAAAAGUAAUGAUUCACUCAUGCGAAAUAAAUAAUUUAUUUCUUUA